GUAGCAGUUGCAAGCAGCUUGAAGCAUUCGAAGUCCGGCAUUCGAGAUAUUGGUCACAUUCCGGCCUAGCAGUGGUGUUUGUUGUAUGUGUUGUACAUCGUUGCCGUGUGCAUUCUUAACAUUCGAGAAAACUUUGAUUCUGCACAAUUUUCGAUACUAUUCGUACUAAAAUGAAGUCGACUUACGUGAUUUGCGCCUUACUGUGUGCAACGAUGAGUUUAUUUGUGCUGGCCAACGGUGCAGCACCGGGAAAGUCUGUGACUGAAAAACAAAUAUCGUCAAGCACUACAGUGGAGCCACAAAAUAAUAUUAAUACUAGUGUUGUUAAUAAUACAACAGUACCGAUUACAACAACUGCUUUGCCUCAAAUUAAUACUAAUGCAUCUAUUUCCACAUCUACUACUUCUACAUCUAUUACUCCUGCAUCUACUACUCUUACAUCUACUACUUUAGCAUCUACUACUCAUGCACCUCCUACUCAUACAUCUACUAUUCCUACAUCUACUAUCUCUACUAAAUUAACCGAAAAGACUACUGUAACACCACCGGUAACGAGCACCAAUGCUUCAAAUUUAAUACCUACUACGACUCAAUCACAAACGACGGCAGUACCACUUCCACCGUCCUCUUCUAAGGAUCGUCAUUUUGAUGGGCUAAGUUUCUUUGGUGGCAUUAUUCUUACUACAUGCCUGAUGGCAAUCGCUGUAUUUUCGUGGAAAUUCUACAGACAAUGCAAUGAAGGAAAUUAUCGUACACUGUGAUAAUGUACAAGGCUAUAACAAACUUUCGACAAUGUAAUCACAGUUAAUGGAAAUAAGAAUACUACGAUAAUUAUUUUAUUGUAAUAAUAUUGCGUAUUUUUAUAACGCAGAUAAGUGUUGCGCGGUUUAAGUGCUCUUAGUAAUGUAAUGUGCAACAAGUUCCGUUUUUCUUGAUCUAUAUCUAGAUGUGUAUGUUGUGCGCGCACGCACAUUUACACACAUUCACACGCACGCACAUGUUUACACACACAUACACACACACACUGCGCGCGCGCGCGUGUGUGUUUGUAAAAGUCAAAUCUCACAGGUAUCUAAACGACAACAUCGUUUAUAUGCGCGUUUUAUUAGUGGGUUAAAGAGAUAGGAUGUUCAUAAAAGUUGGAAUCAAAUUUAUACAAUGUGUUAAUGGAAUCCAAUAAGUGAAUAAGUGAAUAAAGCGAAAAAAUUUACUUACAAUUAGAAAAAUACUCUCCUACAAUACAUCUCAGCAAUAAACAAGCCGAUAAAGUAUAAUCUAAAUUAAAUAAUUAUCAAACAAUUCUACUCAUGAAUCUUUGAACAUUUAUAACUUUGGAAUAAAACAUUUUCGAACAUGAGUUUAUAUAAAUUUUAUUCAUCUAUGGGAACUUCGUUAAUACACUAUACAUUUGAUUCCAACCUUUACGGAUAUCCUGUGUAACUAGUUGCAUGAUGCAAAUAAUAGGGCAGAAUUAGAGAAUGCAAAAGGAGAGCGGUAGAAUAGAAAGGAAGCAGUAGAAAGUGGGCGUAUUAAAUGUGCAAACGCUGAUGACCAAUGAAACAUUCCGCGAAGAGAACGAAAGAUAGAUUAUAGUUUUUUAAACGUGCAUUAAUUUCCACUUUUUAUUAAUUUUAGCUUAGACUCUACACAAUUGUCAGCGAAACGCAAGUUGUAUCUUUAAUCUAUGGUAAGCUGUACAUAUCCUAUGGUAGAGUUGUGUAAGAUUUGAUUUUUCUAUGAACCAAGAAGGAGAGAAAGUACUUGACAUGAAAAACAAGAGCUCGAUAUUAGAAUCUCAAA